AUGUCCGUUCCCAGCACUGGAUUGAGCAAAUUGAAAAAGAAACAUAUUCGCGUGAAACAUCAAAAAGUGAAAUUAUUUCGUGCUAAUGAACCGUUACUGUCUGUUUUUAUGUGGGGUGUUAAUCACACGAUAAAUGAGUUAAGUCAUGUUUCUAUACCUGUUAUGCUGUUGCCUGAUGACUUUAGGGCUUACUCCAAGCUCAAAGUGGACAAUCAUUUAUUUAACAAAGAAAACAUGCCCUCCCACUUCAAGGUUAAAGAGUACUGUCCACUCGUGUUCAGAAAUCUUAGGGAGAGGUUCGGUAUUGAUGAUUUAGACUACAAGGAGUCAUUGACAAGGUUUGGAAAACCAGAUAACUACCUGUGCUCGAGACGAGUGAAGAGCUUUAAAAGUAUGCUGAAGCGAUCUUCAACAGCGCCUUCCGGUAUAGCAGAUAUGAAAAGUGAACACCAAGAAGGCUUGUUCCACGAUGCAAGUGAAUUCGUCAAGCGCGGUUUGACGAUAAAACGACUGAGAUCCCAGCCAAUACCUGAUGACUCGUCAGGCAAGUCCGGUGCAAAGUUUUACCAGAGCUACGAUAGGCUCUUCAUCCUCAAGACCCUCACUUCGGAGGAGGUGGAAAGGAUGCAUUCAUUCCUGAAGCACUACCACCCUUACAUUGUGGAAAGGCACGGCAAAACUCUUUUGCCACAGUACUUGGGCAUGUAUCGAUUGACUGUGGACGGGAUAGAGCAUUAUCUAGUCGCGACGAGAAACGUGUUCUCCAAUCAUCUUAAUAUACAUAAGAAAUAUGAUUUAAAGGGCUCCACGGUAGAUCGUGAAGCAUCAGAGAAGGAGUUGGAGAAAGAGUUGCCAACGUUAAAAGACAAUGACUUCAUUAAACAAGGAGUUCGCAUUGACAUUGGGGAUGCUGCCAAGGAUAAACUGUUGGAAACACUGACCGCUGAUGUUGAUUUCCUAACAAAACUGCACCUGAUGGACUACUCGCUGCUGCUGGGCGUGCACGAGUGCGGGCGCGGCGAGGCGGAGGCGGAGGCGGCGCGCGCGCGCGAGGCGGACCCCGACACCGACGACACGGACUCCGACACCGACACCGACAACCGGCACGGCGACAGAUGGGGCUACAACACGCCGCCGGACAGCCCGCGCGGGCUCGGCCGCCAGUCCUCGCUGCGGUACGAGGGCAUCAUACCCGAGCUGGACAUAUACGCUAUACCCAGCCAUGAUGGUGCUCCCAAGAAAGAAAUAUAUUUUGUUGCUUUAAUCGACGUUUUGACACACUAUGGAGUUAAGAAACAGGCAGCAAAAGCAGCUAAAACAGUCAAAUACGGCAGCAAUGUGGACGGGAUUUCAACCUGCGACCCGGAGCAGUAUGGCAAGAGGUUCAUAGAGUUUGUAGCCAAAGCUAUAGAGGGCAAU